AUGGGUGACAUCAACGCCUUCCGCGGCCGGGAGCCUGCUGCAGGGGAGGCAGGGCUGUGCGGGAGCCUGGUCCAGACACCCCCGAUGCGGGCGACCUGUGGCGUGGCCGCCUGGGCCUGCUGUCUGAGCCCACCCUCCUGCCGUGGGGUCUGCAGGGAGGUGGCGGUGGGCAGCCGAUCAUCUGCGAAGGUGACCUCUGACCCGGGCAGACGCACCCGCACCGCCGGGGGCGCCUCCCUGCAGUGUCUGACCUGCAGCGCCCAGUCAGACUUGCCCAGUGCCCUGCACCAUGAGUGCGCCCUGGGACUCUGGCUGUCCCAAACCGGCCAGGUGGGGGCGCUCCAACCCACGGACCCUGGGCAGAUCUGGUCCUGCCUGGUUGACCCUGGCCCCACCUACCAUUUCCUGAGCAGCCCGCCCCUGAUUUCUCUGAAGCUGGUCCCUGAUUUCCACGAAGCCGGUCCCUGGUUUCCCAGCAGCCAAGACGCACGUAGUCUCCUGCCCCAGACAGUCAUUCUGAUCCCUGUCCCAGCGUUGGUGCCUGCUCCUGCCGCCCACCCACAGGCUUCCUCCCAGGCCGCCGAGAUGCCCGUUGCAGUACAGGACGUCAUGAGGCUGCUGGGCUCCGUUUCCAAGAAGAGGGGGUUAGUAGUGGUCCUCAAGGGCGAUUGGAGGGGUGUCGUGAAACCUGGUGUUGGUGCCUGGAUUGGUACCCUCCUUGGCGGCGUCCCAGGAAUGGCUGUCGGUGGCAUCAUCGGAACCCUGGUAGGGGGUCUGGAUGGUCAUGGACAAGAGGCAGCCUGUGUCUCAGGUCCUGAAGGGGCUGUCUGGCGCUAAGCAGCAGAAGCUGUUCAAUAAAGUCAAGGCCAUCAUCUGGAACCUGGAUUCCAUGAACGAGGAGCAGCUGACGGAGUGUGUCAUGAGCAGUGAGACACUUCAGCAGCAGCUGGUGGAGUUGCUGGAGGAUUUCUUCGAAAAGGAGCUUAAGAUCCCACAUGAAAAGCAGAGGUAGCUCCUGGGGGCCGGGGAUCCCCAGGAGCAGUGGGGGCUGGGGUGCCCGCAGCGCCACGUGUCACCCUAAACCAUCAGUGCUCACCCUUUUUCCCCUCAUGGCACACGCAAGCGAAUCACUGAAAUUCUGGGGCACCCCACAAAAUAAGUUGUUCUUUUUGCUGAUCUGAUGAACGAAAUGUGUAUAAUUUUGAUUGAUUCACA